CGCUGACCAAUCCAAUCUAGGGACUCAGGGACCAAAACCAAAAAACUAAAGUACUCCCUGCAAAUCCCCAGGUAGCCUAUUCACUCUGUUAAGGCUGAUGGUGAGCGGUUGACAAGCUUGGAGAAGCACUAUCGAAGUACAGCACUGAUCCCUCCAGACCUCUCCUGUCAUCCACUACCACAGGAACAGGAGAUACCCACACCAUGGCCACCGAGGGGAUGUCCAGAGAAGAGGCAGAGGAGUACCAGAAACAGCUGGUGGAGGAAAAGAUGGAGAGGGACUCAGAAUUCUUGGUAAAGAAGGCUGAGAGGGCCACACUUAGAACAUGCUUAAGAGACAAAUACAGACUACCAAAGAGUGAACAGGAUGCAAACCUAAUGGAGUUGGCAGGAGACGACAUUGACGUGCCUGAAGAACUCCUUAAGAUGGUCGAUGACGAUGCCACAGAGGAGGAAGAGAAGGACUCUAUCUUGGGUCAGAUACAGAACCUCCAGAACAUGGAUAUGGACCAGAUCAAGGAGAAAGCCUCAGCCACCAUGGUUGAGAUUAAAUCUAAAGCAGAAGAGAAAUGCUCUGUCAUGUGAUUGAAGAAACAUUGGUCUUGUUUAUCUGAAAAUUACUUCCUAAGAACCAAGUUUGAACAAGGUGUUGACUUCAAGGUUGAACUUCCCUUAAGGUUUCUAAUCUAGACUGUGGACUUGGACUGAUCCGAAACAUGUUCAGUAGGUCUACUACACAAAGUCUAAAUUUAACCAGUCUUAGGUUAAUCUGUCAACAGAGAAUUCUCUCCUGGAGAGAUGACUCUUAAUCUGUCUUAUUUAGAAGGCUGUGGGGAGGCCCAGAAUAUCAUCAAAGAGUUGGGAGAAGGAGAAUUUAUGCUGUUGAGAUUAAUACGUUUUUCUGUUCUGUUAAAAACAGUAAACCCGUUGUCUUCUUUGAAAGAAGGUACAAAUGCGAGUGCAAACAGCAUCAUGGUAUAAUGGUUCUAGAUGGUCUGUAUUUUGUUAUUUAAAACUGUUACAACUGGAUUUUGUAUUUGACACUUUUAAUAAAUGCAGUCAUAUUUCAUAAAAACCCCAUGAAAAACAAUCCAUGCCCAAAACCAUGCUGUAUGUAAUAAGACAAGGCAAGUCAAAGCUCAGUAAUACACAUUUUAUCAGCACACUUCAACUCUACCAUCUCCAUCAUAAAGUGGAGAUAAUCGUAUAACCAAAGUCAGCUGCAGAAGAUUCCAGAGGCCUUCAAGCCACCAUCUGAAGACGUAAAGACUAGAUACUUCAUUCCCCCUUUGUUGUCUGUAUACUGCAAUUAUAAUGUGCACAAGUCUAAUAAAUUAUUAAAAGCA